UGGGCUGUUUCGUCGGGGCUACUACACCCCGAAAGGAAUUGGCUGGCUGGUUCUGCUGAACGUCUGCAAAGCAUGUGAACAUGAGCUUGACCAGCGCUUCAGUCCACGUAGGAUCGUCCUCCAAGCGACGGAAACUUCAUUCAGGCAUACCGGAAAAUGUUGAAGCGAAGUUUCAAGAGCAGUCAGGUGCAACUGACGAUGCUCACUGGCUUUCGAAUGGCUUCACCACGCAAGAGGGCUCUCGAAACCCAGUGUCCCCAGAGAUAUGCUAUGGUUCGCUUGACGGAAUUCCCCUUCGGUUGACGGAUUCGACAAAGACAGCUAGCCAUCACGAUCUCGACCUUCUUUCAUGGAACGGCUCGAAAUAUCUGAAGUCCCUUGAUGGAUUAAGUGUUUCAUAUGAACUUCCACGCCGAGCAAUCGAUAUUUUCAGAACCCUCUCGGAUAAGGCGAAAGUGCUGCUCGAUGUACGCUUGCAUGUAUCGAACCCUGAGCCGCCCGUCACGCGAAGACAACGCCUGAAAAAAGUCACCAACGACAGCUCACCUGUCUUAUCAGCUACAGCCAAUUUAUACGGUUCCCGCGCGUUAUCCGACUCUGUAAGUACGUUUCUAGAGAGCUGUCAUGCUUUCCUCCAAGUUCCGGAUCGAUGUACGUACGACGUUCCUUACGUCAACCCCCAAUGCCUGUCAUCUCCCGACGACAACACUGUUAUGACCUCUGCAUUCAACGGCGAUAUUACUCUGCAAUGGGCUUGCGACAACAGCCAGAACGAUGAUCUUUUCGAUGAGCUCGGAAACGAUGAAGAGUUUGAGGAAGCUCCGCAGCCAGACCUACUACGGGCUCGACUGAAAGGACAUCAGAAACAAGGACUCAGAUUUCUGCUCGAUCGAGAGCAGGGGUGGGACUUCGAGAGCAGACGGCUAGAUGUCUGGAAAUCUUACAAAGAUAGAUUCGGUUUCUCAAGGUACAAGAACAAUAUCAAUGGACUCACACAAUGCGAAGCUCCGAAAGACUUUCGCGGGGGGGUUUUGGCCGACGAAAUGGGCCUCGGCAAAACGCUCACCAUGCUGGCACUGAGCGCGGCGGCAAGAGAUCCGAAGAGUGACUGUUCAUGUCAGGUUGGCAAGGACUCGCCUGACGCCACCGAGAACAUACUGGGAACAUUGGUCGUUGUUCCCUUAUCGCUUCUGGUUGUCUGGGAAGACCAAAUAAGAGAACAUAUGGCUCCCGAGUUCAGAAGUUUGAUUUACCAUGGAAAUACUCGAAAGACUCCAAGGGCACGACUCAGGCAAUGCGACAUUGUCAUCACGACGUACAACAUUAUUGCUGCUGAAUGGAAUGAACUCAAGAGGUCACGGUCAGCGAAAUCGUCCACAACGACCCUGGUAGAGUCGAAAUGGCACCGUGUGAUCCUAGAUGAAGCCCACAUAAUCAGGUCUCCAGGCACGCAAAAUGCGAGAGCCGUGUGCGCACUCGAGGCAACGCACCGCUGGUGUAUCACAGGCACGCCGUUACAAAACAGAACACAAGACAUUUUCAGUCUCCUGAAAUUCUUGAGAGUAUAUCCCUACGACAGUUUCGAGGUCUUUGACAGGGACAUUACAAAGCCCUGCAAGGUGCAGGUAGAAGAAAGAGGCCUCCAGUUGCUUCGCAAAUUGAUGCGAAUGGUCACCCUCCAUCGAAGCAAAAAAGUUAUCGAACUUCCGUCUAUACAAGAAGCCAUACAAGAGGUCGAAAUGACAACUGCUGAGCAAUCCAUGUAUGAAGAAGCAAGGGAUGGAACGCGCCGAUUCAUCAGCGAUGUGUUGGACUCCGAAGCCGGGGCUCAGGGAUCUUCCUACAUCCACGCAUUUCGCCGAGUAAACGACAUGAGAUACAUAUGCAACAACGGGAUUCGACAGCGAGGAAGACGCCUGAACCCAAGCCCUUUAUCUGAAGUAGAGAGUGAAUCAGAGACAGGGGUGGACGAGCUGGAUCAUAUCCUGGACAACUUGGACGAGGCAUGCUUUGACUGCGGGACUGAUAUUACAGAUGCUCAAGAAUCCUAUGAUAUCCGUGAGGUUCUCACCGACAUGAAAGCAAACCAGCAACAGAUCUGUGUGGAAUGCUCUCGGAGACAGCUACAUACCCAACAACCAGAUACAGAUCUUGAAGACCCGGUCGCUUCUCAAGUCGAAUCACAAACACUAGCCACGGAACCUUUACUGUCGAGCAAGGUCAAAGCAGUCGCCUCGUUCGUGGAAAGCAUUCCUCGGGGGGAGAAAUGCGUGAUCUUCUCAUUCUGGACGACAACGUUGGAAACUAUGCAGCGUGCGUUGGACGACUGUGGAAUCUCCAGCUGUUGCUACCGAGGCGACAUGAAGUAUGCUGUAAGAACGGAGUCCUUGAAGAAAUUCUCGAACGACGAGACGAUCAAGGCGAUUCUGGUUUCCAUUAGCUGUGGAGGCCAAGGGCUCGACUUGACCAUCGCAAACCAUUGCAUACUUAUAGAGCCGCAAUGGAAUCCAAUGGUGGAGGAGCAGGCCAUCGCGCGUGUACACAGACUUGGUCAGCAACAUGCCGUCUCUGUCACAAGGUUUGUGAUGAAAGGCACUAUCGAACGAAAAGUUCUAGAGCGGCAAAUGAGAAAGAAAGUCUUGGCAAACUUGGUUCUCGGAAGAGAGAAGAUCAAGGAGGGUGAAAAUGGCAAGAAACAGCUUGCAAAUCUAAUGCAGCUCAUCUACUAGACGAAGGAACGGUGUUUCAAUGAUGUUCAACAAGCAGUUGUCUAUUCACGAUGUACAAUUAGUUGUCAGGAAGCAUAAGCUGUGAAGCUCCUCGGGCUGCCGCACGGAGUAGGGCAUUCUUGAUUGAAAAGAAGCGCAAGUCUGGCGUUCCAGGCUAAUGGAAUUUUGGAAGAGCACGUAGGAGCUGAAUACGUGCGAAAAUAAAGGUCUGAUGUGCUGAAGGACAGCUAGACUUUCUCUUGUCUCUCCGUCUCCUCACCUGGAUUUCUCCAAGAGAAGGUAAAGGACCAUGUAAAUAAGAAACCUUCUAUAAAACAUCAACCACCGCAAAAGCGGACGUACUCUAUGGCAUGCCACAUAAGCAGCCGGUAUGGCGAGCGAGAAAAUAGGGUUCCCUAUAUACCUAGCAGAUCGGAUUACAAAAGAACUUUCAAGAGAGAUGGCUACUCAGC